CGUCAUCCGCGCGCGCCGGAAGCGGCCGGGAGAGCGAACAUGGCGACGCCUGAGGGAGCCGAGGAGGACUGGCCCGAGCUGGCGGCGGGCGGGCGGCGGGAGCUGCGGCUGGAAGCCGGCGAGGCUCUGGAGCGGAGGGUCCGAGCGGCCGGAGGUCGCCUCCCGGCCGCGUUGGGCGAGCUGGGCUCGGCGCUUCGCUCCCUGGAGGUCCGCGGCUGCCAGGAGCUACGCGAGCCCGGCGCCUCUCUGGGCCUCCUCUCGGGCCUGCAGUCGCUGGCGCUGCCCGGCUGCGCGCUGGGCCCUGCGGGGCUGUCCCUGGCCGGGCGGCUGCUCCCUGCCGCGCUGCGCUCGCUCGACCUGUCGGACAACGGCCUGGAGGAGCUGCCGCCGCAGCUGGGCGGCCUGGAGGGCCCCGAGGAGGAGGCGGCGGCGGCGGCGGCUCCGGCUCUCCCCGAGCUGCGGGUGCUGAACCUGCGCCGCAACCGCCUGCGCGGCCUGGGACCCGGGCUGGCCCGCUCGGCCCCCGCGCUGCUGGAGCUGCUGCUGGGCGGGAACCGGCUGCGCGCCCUCCCGGGGACGAUGCUGCCUCCGCCGCCUCCUCCGCCCGCCCAGGGGAGUCGCCGGCCCGGCCCUCCGCCCUCGCCUCUGCCGCUGCUGGGCCUGCUGGAGGCGGCCGGGAACGAGCUGGAGGUGCUGGGCGCAGAGGUGGCCCGCCUGGUCGGGCUGAAGACUUUGGACGUCUCCAAUAACAAGCUCUCCGAAAUCCCAGCAGAGCUGGCUGACUGCCCGAAGCUGAAGGACGUCAACUUGAAAGGCAACGCCCUGAAGGACAAACGGCUGGAGAAGAUGGUGAACGGCUGCCAGACCAAAUCGAUCUUGGAGUAUCUGCGCCGGGGGAGAGGCAAGCAGGAGGGGGGCACCGAGAGAGAAGAAAGCCGGAAAAAGAAGCGAGAAAAGAACAAGAAGAAAGGAGGCAGCGAUGACGAACUGGAAGAUGCCCAAAAACUGCUGGUGAAAAUCCUUCACAUCUCCGAGAGCCCGGCGCCAUUGGUGGUGAAAGCCAGCCCCAGUGCGAAAGACGUCCGUCCUUACAUUGUGUGUUGUGUGGUGAAAGGCAUGGAUUUCAGCACUGGCAAUGCUCUGAAGAGGUUCCUCUCCGUUCAGACAAAACUCCACGAGGACAUUUGUGAGAAACGAACAUCAGCCACCAUUGCAACUCAUGACCUGCAGCUGGUGAAAGGACCACUUGUCUACGAAGCUCGGGCCCCAGAGGAGUUGAAGAUCAUCCCCCUGGGCCGGAAGGAGAUCAAGGCCAACGACCUCCUUCGCCAGUUGCAGGCCGAAGCUGAUGAACAGCGGAAACAGAAGAAAAGACAGAAUAUCUCUGGGCUGUACAAGUACCUUCAGUUGCUGGAUGGGAAGGAGAAUUACCCCUGCCUGGUUGAUGCCGAAGGCUCCGUGAUUUCCUUCCCUCCCAUUACGAACAGCGAGAAAACGAAGCUUGGGAAAACGACCACCGAUUUGCUUCUGGAAGUGACCAGCACUACUAGUCUUCAGCUGUGCAAAGACGUGAUGGACACUCUCGUUAUGAAAAUGGCCGAGAUGAACAGGCUGACUGCAAUCAACAAAGACGGGGAAGCGGGUUCAGAUCACGAAAUCCUCCGGCCCGAAGGCAGCCCCCCAAGCACCCCUCUGAUCUUGGAACAGGUCCGGGUUGUGGACGCAGAAGGGAACCUCAAAGUCCUUUACCCGUCAAAGACGGAUCUCCACACCUCCCUCCUCACCGUCCUUCAUUAAGCGCCGUUUCCCCUGGGACUCCAUUCGGGACUUUUUAUAAAAGUUUUCGGGGAGUCGCGGUGCUCGGCUCGUUCGCCAGCCGCUGCAGCAGGAAGCCUUGAGCUAUUUUAAGACGCAUGAAUUUGGGGUCUCGAAAGAGACUCGGAUGUUCAGCUUGCUUUAAUCCCCCUACUCAGACGAGGGGGGGGGGUGUCAGUUUCGAUCCUUUGCCAAUGAGCGUGCAUCGGAUGAAGUUGUUUUCGCCAACUGAUCCCUCCCUCUGGGUCUAAUUUUGCUGUGCUGUGUGACUGUGUUCCUUCCCUGGGGAAGAGGCGGGUUGGUGGUCUCCUCAAGGAAUGUCCUGUGGGGAAGGAACCCCAGUAGAAAAUCCCCGGAGGGUAGCAUUUCCCUACCAGGUUCUUCCCUUCCCUGUAAUGUGGAUUCUCCAAGAGAAUAGGGGGUGCCUAUUGUGACUGCCCCAGCUUGGCCCCGAGACUUUGGGGUGGGGUCUCCCAAAUGGCCACUAACCUUUGCUCCCUCCCAACUCUGGUGGCGUUUAAGCUUGGCGUCUUCUUGCAUGACCCACAUUUCAUGACCCAACUAGAUAACAUCAUCAGUGCUAGAAGGGGAGGGGGUUUGGGGGGGGGGGGGGGAGACGAAGACGGGGGUCCUUGGUGCUUUCUGUGCUUGGUCGUUUUCUUUCAGGCAUUUCAUGACCCAGCUAAGUAACAACAUCAGUGCUCGUAGGGAGUGGGGUUCUGGUUUCUAGCAAUGAUGUUCCCUAGUUGGGUCAUGAAACGUCUGCAAGAAAACCACCAACCCCCCCCCUCCCCAAAUUCAACCCCCAGUCUACAAAUAGCCUCUUCCUUUGGGCAACAGGCAGUGCCCCAUCCCUCAUUUCUGUUUUUGCCAAGGCUGGCCAAGAGUCGUGCCCGCAUUCCGGUUUGUAGAGAAACAAUCCUGCUCUUUAGGGCAGCACAAAAUGGUUUUUAAAGUCCGAAUUUCCCUCUAAAAAUGCAACUUCUGAAUGUAAGGCCUUCGGCUAGCAAAUUUUACUUUGGGGCAUCGAUAAUCCAUCCCCCAAAAAAGGGAAUAAAAAUGUUCAGAAUCA